AUGUUGCCAAAAUCUCAGGUCUUGCCUUCUCUCCAGUCGAUCAAAUCGUUGCCAGUUGAUUUUAGGUUCGUGGGUUCACCGACAUCUGAACAAUCUGCAAAAUCUGUGGAUGUGAAUUCAGUAACUAGUAAGACAGUCUGUUUGAGCGUUCCAGAAAAUAAUGAUUUAGGCAAUGGUCUUGUUGAGAGAGCUGAGGAUAGUAUUGGCAAUGAUGUCAGUGUGGACUCACCUUAUAGUCGGACUGCCAUCUUGGUUGAACAAAGGCCUUCUGUGGGCGAUGAAGAUUUGGAUGCUGUGGCUACACCUUUGCCUUUGGCGUCAACAUCUCGCAGGGAUCGCAGGUGGGCUGACACCAGUUCCUAUGCUGCAAAAAAGAAACUUCAGUCUUGGUUUCAACUUUCAAAUGGGGAUUGGGAGCUGGGGAAGAUUUUAUCAACUUCAGGGACUGAGUCUGCCAUUUCUCUCUCUGAUGGAAAAGUUUUAAAGGUGAAAACUGAAAGUCUUGUGCCAGCAAAUCCUGAUAUCCUUGAUGGUGUAGAUGAUCUCAUGCAACUUAGUUACUUAAAUGAGCCAUCAGUGUUGUACAAUCUUCAGUAUAGAUACAAUCGUGAUAUGAUUUAUACAAAGGCAGGGCCAGUGUUGGUUGCCAUCAAUCCUUUCAAGGAAGUUCCUUUAUAUGGAAAUAAUUACAUUGAGGCAUAUAAGAAUAAAUCUAUGGAGAGCCCACAUGUGUAUGCCAUCACAGACACAGCCAUCAGGGAAAUGAUACGAGAUGAAGUAAAUCAAUCAAUCAUUAUAAGUGGUGAAAGUGGAGCAGGAAAAACAGAGACAGCAAAGAUAGCAAUGCAAUAUUUGGCUGCUCUUGGUGGUGGUAGUGGGAUAGAAUAUGAGAUAUUGAAAACCAAUCCUAUUCUAGAAGCCUUUGGUAAUGCAAAGACACUGAGGAAUGACAACUCAAGUCGCUUUGGAAAGUUGAUUGAAAUCCACUUUAGUGAAACUGGAAAAAUAUCGGGUGCCAAUAUUCAAACAUUUUUACUUGAGAAGUCCAGAGUGGUCCAAUGCAUGGAAGGCGAGAGGUCAUAUCAUAUAUUUUAUCAGCUUUGUGCUGGGGCUUCACCUAAACUUAGAGAAAAAAUAAACUUGAAGAUUGCAAGUGAAUAUAAAUAUUUGAGGCAGAGCAAUUGCUACACAGUUACUGGGGUUGAUGAUGCUGAACGCUUCCGUGUUGUUAAGGAAGCUCUGGAUAUUGUCCAUGUCAGCAAGGAAGACCAAGAGAGUGUAUUUGCAAUGCUUGCUGCAGUACUGUGGCUGGGAAAUAUCUCCCUUUCUGUGGUUGAUAAUGAAAAUCACGUUGAACCUGUAGCAGAUGAAGGUCUAACCACUGUUGCAAAAUUGAUUGGAUGUAAUGUUGGAGAGCUUAAGCUGGCUUUAUCUACUCGCAAAAUGAGAGUCGGAAAUGAUACAAUUGUCCAAAAGCUAACCUUAUCACAGGCAAUAGAUACAAGAGAUGCUCUGGCAAAGUCGAUUUAUUCUUGCUUGUUUGAUUGGCUUGUUGAACAAGUGAACAAAUCACUUGCAGUUGGUAAAAGGAGAACUGGCAGAUCCAUCAGCAUUCUUGACAUUUAUGGAUUUGAAUCGUUUGAAAGGAAUAGUUUUGAGCAAUUCUGCAUAAAUUAUGCGAAUGAGAGAUUGCAGCAACACUUCAAUCGUCAUUUAUUCAAGUUGGAGCAGGAGGAAUACAUACAAGAUGGUAUUGACUGGGCCAAGGUUGAUUUUGAAGAUAACCAAGAUUGUCUCAAUCUUUUUGAAAAGAAACCUCUGGGGUUAUUAUCUUUGAUAGAUGAGGAGUCCACCUUUCCAAAUGGAACAGAUUUGACAUUUGCCAACAAGCUUAAACAGCAUUUAAACUCUAAUUCUUGUUUCCGAGGAGAAAGAGGCAAAGCCUUCAGUGUCAGCCAUUAUGCUGGAGAGGUUACUUAUGAUACAACUGGAUUUCUGGAGAAGAAUAGAGACUUAUUACACUUGGAUUCAAUCCAGCUUCUCUUGUCGUGUUCAUGCCAUCUCCCUCAGAUAUUUGCUUCCAAUUUGCUUACACAAUCUGAGAAACCUGUUGUCGGUCCUUUAUAUAAAGCAGGUGGAGCAGAUUCACAAAAGCUAAGUGUUGCAACGAAAUUUAAGAAGCAAGAAAUGGUUUUGUUGGCGAUUAUUGAUCAGAUAUUGUUUCUUGAUGAUCCAGGCCAACUGUUCCAAUUGAUGCAACGUCUAGAGAACACAACACCGCAUUUCAUACGUUGUAUAAAGCCUAACAACUCUCAGUCUCCUGGAUCAUAUGAGCAAGGACUUGUAUUGCAGCAACUGAGGUGUUGUGGAGUUCUAGAAGUAGUUCGUAUAUCAAGGUCUGGAUUUCCUACCAGAAUGUCACACCAGAAGUUUGCCAGAAGAUAUGGUUUUCUUCUGCUGGAAAAUGUUGCUUCUCUUGAUCCACUCAGUGUUUCAGUUGCAAUUCUUCAUCAGUUUGACAUCUUGCCAGAGAUGUAUCAAGUUGGCUACACAAAAUUAUUUUUCCGAACAGGACAGAUUGGUGUGCUUGAGGAUACAAGAAACCGCACGCUACAUGGUAUCUUACGCGUUCAAAGCUGUUUCAGAGGGCACCUAGCUCGCAGUUACCUCAGGGAGGUCCGAAGAGGAAUUUGUGUUCUUCAAGUUUGCAAAGAACAAUCUCUGGAUUGGGUUCUUGGAGGUUGUGGUCGAGUUGGUUUCAGUCAACGCUUGAGAUUUUAUUCGUGGAUGGUUGGUGAGAAGAUUUUCAGCCUCUCCAUUGCAAAGAAGAGCCUAGCCAUUGACGAUUCUGAGAGAAAUUCUGAUGCAUCAGUCAACGCAAGUGAUGAGAGAGACUUUAGCUGGGAUACAGGUAGUAACCAUAGGGGUCAAGAAAAUAAUGGGGUUAGACCAAUGAGUGCAGGUUUGAGUGUUAUAAGCCGGUUAGCUGAAGAAUUUGAGCAGAGGAGUCAAGUAUUUGGUGAUGAUGCCAAGUUUUUGGUAGAGGUAAAAUCUGGUCAGGUUGAUGCAAGCUUGAACCCUGACCGAGAGCUCAGAAGGUUAAAGCAGAUGUUUGAAGCUUGGAAGAAGGAUUAUGGAUCGAGAUUACGGGAAACAAAGGUGAUUUUGAAUAAGCUUGGAACUGAAGAAGGUGCCCUUGAUAGGGUGAAAAAGAAGUGGUGGGGCAGGAGGAACAGCACGAGGAAACUAGGUCUCUUGAUUGCAAGUAUGGACCCAAUAUUUUUGAAAAGGAACUUCCCAGAAAUGUACCCACCUAGAUGUGGAGAUAUAUGGAAGGGAAAUAACAUGGCAAUCAUAAGGCUCAUGAGUGGAAUGGCGAUCAACCUUAAUGUACUUCGUGCGUUGAUGGUAGACGGGAUUGACAACAAUUUGAAUGGCACUAGUGUUAGCCUCACCAAAAAACAUACAAUAACUAGUAGUAGAGUUCCUAGUGUACGGGUAGCUAGCUCGAUUGGCAUCACUAUAGGCACAAAGAUAGAGAGUAGAAUCAAUAGGAAAGAAAGGAUCAUGAUGAGGAGUGCCCAAGAUAUAUCGAAUGAUGCGAUGAAUGAUAGAGAAUUGAAGGUGUUGUGGAGAUUGCAUGAAGAGGGUAAUGGUGUGAACAAUAUAAGAUAUAUCUAG